AUGGGGGUGGUGGCCUCUUUCAUCUAUGGGAGGCCACUUCCAAACUCCGGACGUCACCUUUACAUGGCCGACAAUCAUAACACGCAAGACAAGUUGGAGUUCCUCUGCUGCCCAGAGGUAUCUGGGUGUAACAUUCGCCUCUUUGACGAAGGCAAUCAUCGCGGAGGCGACCUGAAGUACACCGUACGCAGAAGCGUCUCCUACAGCCCCUCUGUCCCGCGAUUUGUCGUGGAGGUCAGGGAGAAGGGCAUUCCCCGACCCGCAGUCGUGGGCCGCAUGGAGAAGCUUGACACAAUCCUUCGCGCCAAAUCGGGUGAGUUUCUCAGCAUCCAGUUGUGGAAGAUCGUCUGCAGUGGCUUGCAAUGGACCGACAGGCGAAAGCGACGUGUGAUGCCUUCAGAUUCGGAUGCAUUCGUGAUGCACGUCGCGAUUGCCAAUCAGGCCAAGAUUGACUUUAUGGAUGAUACUGAUGACAUUGUUCUAGCUUUAGAGACCGAGAGGUGGUCUCAAUGCCUGAGCACGGACAACCCUUCGAUAACGGUCAACAAGACCACGUCGAAAACAGCAGCGAGAUUGAACACCAUCAAAGUGAACAGCAACAACCAGAAGGUGUGCACGGCGAAGCAACAAAAUUUCGAUUUGUUUGAGGAUGACAUCCGCCCUUAUCUAGGCAUUCAGCUGGAGAAAUCUGUCGUCGAUGAUGACGAUUCAGACUCGGAGGAUAUGGUAGCAACACACAGCCUGAAUUCCGAUUCUGUUGCCCUUGUGAUGCUGUGCCUGGCUUGGAGCAGUGGAACCAUGUCAAACGAUGCAGACGAGGCCGCCAUCUACAACACAUUCGUGCAGGCUGCAAGAACUCAGAGUGACGAACCGGGCUCGGCCCAGAUGAAGGGAUACCCCCCAGAUUGGAGUGUCAUGGACGUCAGGAAGCACCUUCGAGAACAUAAGACCUGGCUCAAGCUACACUUCUGGGAUGCCAGAGCUACCAAGACAGAAGAGCCUGGGCAGCCUGCACCUGAGGAGCCUCUAAGCCCAACAUCAGAUUGA